ACAAAACAGUGAACCUUCUUCUCAAAAUGAUCCGUGGCCGCUGCCAAACCCAAACCUGUUCCAGAAUUCCCAGUAGAGCCCCUCUCCUCCCUUUCUUCUGAAGGAGGAGCGCUCACUGUAUUCGUCGUGUAUAAUCUUUGAAACUUCACACAGUCUUGCUGUAAAAGUGCCGAUUCAGUUUGCUUCGAAAUGGAGUCUGGAGUCUCUGGACCGAGUAGCGAAGAGCCGGCUUCGUGGGAUGAACUCUACAAUAUCAAUUUGAUGCCUUCGGAGUUGUUUCUCAAGUUUCGAAAGGAAAUUGAAGGGUUUCGUGUGGGCCUCAAUUUGGAGUUCUAUAAUGCUCCAAUAAAUGAGUACCAGGCAAAGCUGGUAUUGAAGCCGCUAUCCUAUGAUAGGAAAUGGAAGUUCAUUUAUGAGCCUUUACAUAAUGAUGUGCGUCUUCUUUCCAAGAAAAUCCCAAUCACAAAGUUUCUAAAUCUCCAGGUUGGUAUAGGCCAUAAUUUUCAGUUGCACGCAACUGGUUGGAAAUGGAAGCUUACUACGUGUUUGGGUGGGGACGGGGUAUCUAGGAUUCGGAAUAAGACAUCACUUGGCUUGUGUCCCGGUGUGGAUCUGCGGUUUGGAUGGAGAGCAGACUAUGUUCUUCCAGAAAUUACUGGGGCUGUGGGCACCGGUGAACCCUUGUUCAACAUGAACUCGGGACGUUUGCAAGCAUCACUUGAUCGAAUUGAGACCAUUUUGACUCAUACAACACCCUAAGUCCUUAAUUUGGCGUGAUGAACAAACAGGAACCUUUGGAGAAUCCAGGCAGUGUCUUGAAAGCUUGGCGUCCAUGGAAGUGGUGGAAGUUCUAUGAUCACAAGCAGGUUUAUUUUCCCAUUUUCAAGAAGUUAUCUUUAAGAUGUGAAUUUAAUGAACAUUGAUGAGAUCCACAGGAACAAAAUAUUGUACUUAAUCUAAUAUUGUGUGCUAUGUUAAACCCUUUUACUAUUUUUGAAAAAAUGAAAAUCACGUGAUGAAAGUAUGAUAUGUGAUUGAAUAAAAGAGAAUGUCAUUUCACACGUUA